UUAUUGAUUAAAUUGAAAUAUUAAAAUGGCAGUCAGUGAAAGCAGUGUGGGUCAAUAUGUCAACGCAAGCUUUCAAGAUUCUAUCCUUUACGGUAGAGCACUAGGUACAACCACUCCAUUGCAGAGAAGAGUUCAGAAAGCUAUCAAUAAACCUGAAGAUGAGUCCUCAAACUUGUGGAUCCUAGCUGGCAUCAUUGGAGGGUUUUGAUUUGGAUUUGGCAACCUGCUCAUUGUGAAAGCGUCUCACUUUGGCUUCUAUACAAGAGAGUUAAUCUUACUUGGAGGCUUCCUUCAAGCACUUGUUUUCUUAAUUGGGAGGACUAUCCAAGUUAAAUGGACUACAGGAAAUUAUUGGAACUGGGAGAAAUCAGGAUUCAGAGAUCCAGACACAGGUGAAUUUCGUUAUAUAGCAGUCUUUGCAGUCUUAUUGGAUGCUACUAUUAAAGUCUCCGCUGGAUAUCUAGUUAUUAUAUCCUUCAAAUAUGCAUUAUAUGCUGGAGUCAAUCAAGGAGCAAUCACCACAAUUUUUGCACUGAGCAGUAUCUAUGUGGCUAUAAUUUCUUGGUUCUUAUUUGACGAAAAAUUGAAUAAAUUCCACAUUCUUGGGAUGCUUCUUCUGCUCUCUUGAACAGUGAUGAUAGUUAUUUCAAAAACUGAGCAUAAAGAAUUUGUGAGCGUCUAUGGACACCAAGUUCAAGAAUUGUCGACUCUCUGGCCAGUGGGAUUUGCAAUCAUGACUACCAUUAUAUAUAGUUUUAGAACUAUCUACAUUAAAGUAUUUGUUAAAAAGCUUAAAUUCAACAGUUUUGAUUACAUUACUCAAUCAUACAUGCUGUCUGGGCUUGUGUUCAUGCCAUUCACCAUAAAAGAUAUGUUUUAUUACAAUUUUGACAUGGAAAUUAUCACUCUAGGGGUAUCCUCAGGUGUGCUGAAUGGUAUUGCCACCUUCCUAUUGUUCUACUCAACCUCGCAUGGAUUCACUGGACCGGCAUAUGCAUUGAAAAACAUUGAGCCAAUAGUGCAGGCCAUAUUCGGAAGCUUGUUCCUCGGAGCAUUCCUUAAUACAAACCAGAUUAUUGCUAUUGUCUUUGGGAUUCUUGGCUCCUUAACCAUUACUGUUGGACCAUACCUAUUCCCUGAUAAGGAAGCUGUAGCAAAAAGAGCAAAGGAAGAAAGAGUCAUGAGGAAAGUCAAAAAGAGAUACUCCACUUCUAGAUUCAAGUACUUUAAGUAGAUUCAACAAUACUUUGUGAUUAUAUAGAUAGAUAUUAUCUCUUGUAGCUCUUUGAAAUAUCAAUGUA